AUGACAGAACUAUCGCUUUAUAUUAACAACAUAUUCGGCGGCCGGCAGAAGAACAAAAGAGCGCUGGAAGUGGAACAAGCAAGAACAGACAUUGCCUUGUUGCGAGCUGACUUACUACACUUUCUAUAUGCUGCCUACAACUAUGCUUCUCCAUUCUCAUUCUUCUCUAUUCUCCAAUCAACCCCAGUUCAAAUGCCAAAUCAAUACCCAGACUUUAACGAAAUGGAUGGAAUAGUCUCUAGCGAAGAAGAAUGCUCUUAUCCUAUCGAAAGUGACUCUUUAAGUACAGAAGAUGAGGACGAAGAAAUGGAAGACUGUGCAUCUGAUGAUGACAUUGCUCCAUCAUUCGGCAACAGAGGAACAUACGCUCAAAGAGAUCACACGCCGCUUCCAUCAUUAAGCGGUACAUUUUGGCAAACCCGUACGCUACCAUUUGAUCCACAUCCAUAUUCCGGAAUCAAUCCAACCUCGACAUCGCUGCCACAACACUCAUCCAUUUCUUCUUCUAUAACUCAACCUGUAUCAUCUACAACUACUCCUAGCUCCAUAACCUCUUCAGACCCCCAAAAACAUUCUUCACUUAGAUUCUCCCACUCAUCGUCGUCCUCCUCAGAUGUGGACGACAAUGAUUCUCACUCCCCAUCUUCUUCGUCGUCUUCUUCAUAUGACAGUUCGAGAAAGAGGGCCCGGACGAGGUCAAGUGAGUGGACACAGGGGAUUCAACAUCCACAAAUGGCUGGAUAUUCUACAAAUGUCAAUGGAGCUGUUAACAGUAACAUGUUGGAUGGGAGUGUUCGAAUGAAUGACAUAAGUAAUUGUGUUGGCGGAAGUGCCAAUAAUAUGAAUGGAAGUGCAAAUUUUAGUGUUGGCGUUAAUGGCUCCACAGGUAUGCGAACAAUUCCUUCGCCAAUAGGAUAUGUUGGACAACAGACUAAUGGAAGCUACAUGCGCCCAUAUUUUGAUCUGUACAAUUUACCAGAGUCACCUAUUUCGACCUUUCCUACACGACCGCACACAUCAAAUCAACCAUUUCUACCCGCAAUUAUAUCCUCUUCUUCGUCUUCGUCGUAUCGUCCGUCUCCAUUACCUAGACCAUUUUCCACGACCACUAGAAGAUCAUAUAUUAACAAUGUUGCCCAUCAAGUCGAUAAUUCGAUUCCAAGGCAUAUAGACACGGAACAGUCUAGAGGAUAUAGUAGUCAUUUUGCACCAGCAAGUAAUGGGAUAAACGUGCCCGUAACUCCGAAUUCAUUGGAUAGAACAAAUAGUACACAUUCUUCGCCCAUGACAACGUCACAACCAUCCAAUCCCUCUACAGUUUCUACUUCAGCCAACAUUAUUACCUCUACUCCUCCAUCCAACACCACACCUUCCUCUUCAUCCGCAACAACGUACAAUCCAACACCACACAGAUUCUCUUCACCGCCUCUACUUUCUCCACGUAACCCUUCAUCACAUCAACUUCCGCGAGUGUCCAAUUAUCGUCAAGGAUCCAAUAUGUCUAGGGUAACACCUCCGUCAACCCAACGACGACCUCGAGUUUCGACUACAAGGCUAUCCGCUAUAAGGCACAGAAACUUGAGAAGGAUGAGUGGAGUUAGUGGAAGUGGAAUCAGUAGUAUAAGUCGUGGUACUAAUGGUGUGAAUGGUCGAAAUGAUAACAAUAUUAUGUCUGGAAUGAACAAUAGCAUUCCUGGAGUAAAUCAAAUACCCAUUACUGCAUUUCCAAGUUCUACUCAGACGAUACCGACAUCGUCAGCAAAUGGACCCGAUAAUAUAUCCACGCCUAAUGCACCCACAUCAGCCAGACCCACACCAACCACCGCACCUGACAAUCCUUGGAUGCCAUUACAAUCUCGUCAUUUAGAACUCUUUACGUACAGACGCCUAAACCCAGUCUCACCGUUUCGAGCGGCCAUGACAGCCGGUGGCAGUAGAUCGAACUCGACGUCGGAUAGAAGUCAAGUGAUUCCAUUAUCAGCCAGACUUGCCCAGACUAUCCGAUCACGUCGUGAGGCAAACGCUGGGUCAGGAUCGGGAACAGGAACGAGAGAUAGAAACGUUGGUUCGGGAAAUGUACAACCAUCGGUCAUGUUCCCUCCUCAUGUUUCCACAUCGUCAUCCACUUCCGGUCCUCGACUACCGCUCCAUCACCAUCAUCAUGGACACCGGCGCGACCCAUCUAAUCAAUCGACCUCAUCUGCUCAAACGUCGUCUUCAACUCCAUCAUAUUUACGUUUCUCUCCUCGGUCGUUUGACCUCUAUGAUAGGGAAGAUCGUGAUAAUGAUACGCCUCGUAGGAGUUUUGCACGCAGUCAGAAUAGAUCUAACAGAGGAAAUUCGGAUGAGAUUUUGGAACUAUUGCCGGAUGUUUUUGGUUCUGGGAUAGCAGCGAAUCCUGGUAAUUACCUGGAUGAUGACGACUUUGAUAGCAGUUAUGAAAGUCUAUUGUCUCUGUGCGAACGAAACGGAGAUGUGAAACCAAAAGGCGUUCCUGAGAGUCUCAUACAGAGCUUACCUACAAAAUCAUAUAUUUUGUCAAAAGACAAGAGCAAUGGCGAACGUUGUACAAUCUGCCUGAGUGAAUAUGAGACAAGCGAACGCCUACGGGAUCUUCCAUGCGCGCAUGACUUUCACAUAGAUUGUAUUGAUGCAUGGUUGAAGAACUCUGAUAAAUGCCCUAUUUGUCGUCGUAGUGUAAUUGAUGGUGGUGAUUAA